AUGACAAUGGGAGAUGAUACUCCAGUUACAUCACUUGUCCUCCCUGUGAUACUACGUCCAAUAUUAUCCAAGUUGGAAGCUCAAAAUAUCACAGCAGCUCAAACAUUAAGAUCAGCGUUAUCUAAAGCUGAAAGUAAUCAUCCAGGUAUUACGUAUGAUUUGGUAGUAGGUAUUGUUAGGAGAGCUGAUUUAAGCCUUGAUAUGAAUGCUAGUGUACUUCGUUUACAAGGUGUAGCUUCCGAUUGUGAUGCCAUAGAAUAUCGCUCAGCGAGAUCAGAAGAUGCAUUCCAGGAAUUAAAUCGUAAAUCUACAGCAUUAAAAAGAAUAUUAAGCAGGAUUCCAGAUGAAAUAACUGAUCGGAAAACAUUUUUAGAAACCAUCAAAGAAAUAGCGAGUGCAAUCAAAAAGUUAUUAGACGCUGUGAAUGAAGUAACGGCAUUCAUUCCUGGAACUGCUGGUAAACAGGCUUUAGAUCAACGCAAAAGAGAAUUUGUUAAAUACAGUAAACGUUUUAGUAAUACGUUAAAAGAAUACUUCAAGGAAGGACAAGCAAAAGCCGUUUUUAUAAGUGCGUUAUUUCUGAUUCGACAAACAAAUAUGAUAAUGGUUACUGUAAAAAAUAAAUGCGAAUAA